CCAGUUUACUUUGACAGAUCGCCCGAUGUUAGCGAAUCAAAUGUUCCGCGAUUUCCGUUCGCUGUAGCACAAUUUCUCUUCAAAAUAAUUGAGUGUUUUUUCUAUUUAUAAUUGAAACCUGAAGUUUGUGGAAGUGUUCAAGGAAAAAUGAAGCUAUUAAAACGAGCUGUUGGCAUUACAUUUACACUGAUACUGGUGUUGGGAUCGCAAUUUUUCGAGUGUGCACAGGUCACAAAUCGUACUGCCCAGACGCAACGACCAACCGUCAGUACAACAAUAAAACCAACUACUACAAUACCUCCACCAGCACCACCGCAAACGAAUUGCCUUGAGAAUCCAGACAAUAGCGACCCACAUAAAGCUAUCGGAAAGCAUCCUGUGUCGCGUUUGUUCGAAAUUCAAGCAAAAAAUCACGAACCAGUGCCCAUUUUCAAAGAUAUCGGCCAACGAGGUCAACCAAAUCAAAAUAAUGUGGAGUUUCACGUUCAAGUGACGAUCAACAAUAGAACGGCAUCGGCUUGGGCACGGACAAAAAAGGAAGCCAAACGUCGUGCAGCAAUUGAAAUGCUCACACAAAUGGGUCUGCAAAUUGAAGCGGAUAAUUCUAACACAAUCAAUCCUUGUUGAAUGGUGAAUCGUGUAAGAAAUACAUUUUAAUAGACUUAAUUUGAUUCAAUCAAUUCGAUUGAUAUUUUUUUCUUGUAUGUAAAUUGAGCAGAUAAUAAAUGCGCAAAAAACUGUUGAAAUGUUGAGUUAUGAGUAAUGUUUGGUAUGUGUUUAUGUCUACGGCCUGGGUACGCAUUUCUUUUCUUCAUUAUCAAUAUUAUUUCGUCCGACUGAUAACAAAAUACGAAUCUGUAGGCAUAUUUGCACUGUACAAACAAAAUUAUGUUAUCAAAGGAGUCAGACGAUGGUUGUUUAAACAGAUAUUUCCUGUGAAAACACUCUACUCUGGCUUCAGUUCAUUUUUGUCUGUGCAGUAGAUCGAACGUAAAAAUGUUUCAAGCAAAAAUUCUAUAUUUUUUGGUCGCUGCUUCAGUUGUGGUUUGUGCGAUUGAAAGUAAUGAGGGUUUUGAUACUAAACGUUCGGCUGUUUGUUUGAUUUAUCGCAUUGCUCAACACAAUCAUGUGAAUGCAACGUUUACAAAAGUGAACUUUGAGCAAAAAAAAUGGAACCACACACGUCGAAUGUAAAUUGAAGUUGGGCAAUGAAGAAUACACGCGGAAUUCAACGGCAUUUGGAAAGGCAAAAGAGAAAGUAGCUCGCGAAGCAUAUGCUAAAACGAGAUAUGCAAAACCUUCUAUCCAAAAUAAAACGUGUUUAGUUCCUGUGCAUUCGACCAAAAAUGACAUUAGUCUUUUGGAAGAGUAUGCAGUUGCUGUUGAGAAAUUUGUUCGGUACGAGGAGAAACCACACGAAUGUAAAUGCAAGUUUGAAUAUGUGGUAACAAUCGAUGGAAAAUCAGCAUCUGGCAUCAGUGAUAAAAAGAAAAAAGAGGCCAAACGAUUGGCUGCAGCCCGUUUAAUUGAAAAAAUCGGAAGGGAAUCACUCAUCAAUACAUUGUCUGCGAAAUACAAUGCUACCGAUUACCACAGUAUGGAGCCAAAGCAACGCCUACGUAAAAUUGUCCAAGUUACGGAUUUGUCGGGUGAUGGUGUCUACUCAAAACAUCAAGAGACAACUGAACGGAAGGGAGGCAAGACGGUCAAGCGUAUUGUUAUGCAAGUCGAAGCAAGAAGUUCAAUGGCAGCCGGCUCGGGAUCAACAGUCGAAGAGGCCAGUUCAAUUGCUGCCGCUAAUUUACUACGCCACUUGGGCUUUGUGGUUGAUUAUCCACCAAAAACACAAAAUUGAUUUGAGUAAAAGAUUAUAAAAAAUGAAAUUUUAUAUCAAGAAUAAACAAUAAAAAUGCCACACAGUCGUUGUAUUCAGUUCGA